AUGGCAUCAUCAUCUUCAUCAGACUCUACAGCUCCUCAAACCCCACAACUCCGAAAAGACUCCGUGACAAACCGGUGGGUGAUAUUCUCACCCGCCCGAGCCAAGCGACCUUCAGACUUCAAAUCCAAGUCCCCUAUCAAUCCCAACCAACAACACCAACAACAAUGUCCCUUCUGCAUCGGCCACGAGCACGAGUGUGCUCCCGAGAUCUUCCGGGUCCCGCCCGACAACCCGGACUGGAAACUCCGGGUAAUCCAGAACCUCUACCCCGCGCUCAGCAGAGACAUCCCUGCUGCUGAAGAAGGAAAUCACUCGGAUUCGGGUCGGGUUGUGGUGAAUGGGUUUGGGUUCCACGACGUAGUGAUUGAGACCCCUGUUCAUUCGGUUCAGCUUUCUGAUUUGUCGCCGAGAGAGAUCGGUGAGGUUCUUGUUGCGCAUACGAGGAGGAUCAAGCAGCUUAUGAGCUACGAUUCCAUCAAAUAUGUCCAGGUGUUUAAGAACCACGGUGCUUCAGCUGGGGCAUCAAUGAGUCACUCUCACAGUCAGAUAAUGGCUCUUCCAGUUGUUCCUCCUGCUGUUGCUACCCGACUUGGCAGUAUGAAGGAGUAUUUUGAACAGACUGGGAAAUGUAGUGUCUGUGAAUCUAACUCAAAGGAUCUACUGAUUGAUGUUUCAGCCCAUUUCAUUUCAAUUGUACCUUUUGCUGCUACAUUUCCAUUUGAGAUGUGGAUCAUUCCUCUGGAUCACUCUUCUCAUUUCCAUGAGCUAGAUAGCGAGAAGGCAGUUGAACUUGGAGGGCUCCUAAAACUCGUGCUUAGGAAGAUGUCUUUGCAGUUGAACAAUCCACCAUUUAAUUUCAUGGUUCAGACUUCUCCACUUGGGGAUAAUGCUUCACAGUUACCUUACUCCCAUUGGUUCAUGCAGAUAGUUCCUCAAUUAAGUGUUGUUGCUGGGUUUGAAAUGGGAACUGGGUGUUACAUAAACCCAGUCUUCCCAGAGGAUGCUGCAAAAGUUUUGAGGGAAGAUGGGUCGGUCAUGAGGAGAAGGGAGGGGGGAGUAGGGGCUGAUGGGUGGUGUAUCAGCGCUUCUAACAUAUCUUUCUACGGAUAUGAUGGUGAGUGUCCUGUGUUCAUAUCUUGGCGUCAACAUUUUGAGUUCAGGUCAAGGGGUCAAGGGGUAGGAGUAGUGGGAUUAUGUAGCCUACCUUUUUGUCCUUUGUCCACUGCUAGUGCUAAACACAUAGAUUCUUCUUCUUACCCUUCUCUACCCUCUUUCAGUUUCUUGCAGCUCUACAAAACUAACAGCAACAAGAGAGAAUUCCCAGUUCCAAAAGUGGCUUCAAUCCCCUAUCAACCCAUCAAUGUGGACUAUUUGGAAGAAGAGUUCAGUGGCCAUGGAGUGAUAUUCAAAGGCAUUGGUGACAGCUGUGUGGCCAAGAUGGAAUUGGAGAAUGGUAGUAAAGCCAUCAUGAUGCUGCCAAGUGGCUUAAUCACUUCCUACAAGGCUUCCAUGUGGCAUGGCGGCACGGUUGAAUUGCUGCAGGCUUCAGUCUCUGAGUCAGAGGAGAAGAAUGAAGGUGCUGCUGCUGCUGCUGGUGUUGCCAUUCAAGGAGGGGUGUCUUUAGCCUUUGAUUGUGUAAGUGAGGAUGAACAAGUUUCAUGGUCUCCAACAAAUUGGGCUCUUCAUGACAUUACAGGAAAUCCUCAGCAAGAGAUUCAGGAUUUAAGCCAGUUCUUAGAGAAAACCAUUAAACUGAGAAUGCAGGUACAACUGAUUAGCACUGAUUCAGAGGACAAGGUUGAAAUCAAAUACGUUAUCACCCUGAAAGAAGACGUCUUGGUCUCAGAGCUUGUGGUCUCUAACUCUAAAUCUUCAUCCCUCCAACUAACUGGGUCUAUUUUAAGUCAUCUGACAGUGAGCUCACCAGAUGCAACUUAUGCAGUUGGUUUGGAACGAUCAGAUUUCUUUAGCAGGUUGCCCAUUUUGUCAAGUUUCGGGAUAAUCCCUCCCGACUUUGGCCUAAAAAAUGAAUCUCAGAUCAGCAAACUAUGGCAGCAAAUGGCACAAAAAGCAUUUAUGCCUGGCUGGGGUCCAAAGACUCAAAACGAUGAUGGCAAUGAAGCAGAGAGAAACCAAAGAGAAAAUGAAGAAGAAAUGGAGGGUGAAGAAGAUGACAACUACAAGCAUUUAAGAGACCAAAUGAGUCGAAUAUACACCAGCGCGCCUACCGACUUCACAAUCAUUGACCGGGGUAGAAGAAACUCUGUCAUAGUAGGAAGAGAUGGGUUUGAUGAACUAUACAUGUUCAGUCCUGGCUCAAGUCAUGAAGACUAUGGCAAGUAUUCAUAUAUAUGCGUCGGCCAAUCGGCGGUUCUCAAGCCAGUAAUUGUGGGUCCUAAUGAAUCAUGGAGGGGUGGACAGCGCUUAUACAACCCAAAUCUUUAA